CGCGAGUGCAAGCAACAACAGCCAAGUGCAGAUUGCUUGAAUCCUUUCCGUCUCUAGAGGUGGGAUUUUUUCGAGAUGCCGAAAUUCGUUCCCCGGCAGCGAAAACAAAAGCAUCGGCGCCAGGAGACAGGCCCGCCGGUCGACACCAACAUUGCGGAGCUAGCGCCGGUAUCUAAAGAUGAAAAAGAAGCGCGGAGGCAGAAGCUGCGAGAUGAGCUACGAGAUCAGCAUGCCAAUGUCUCUUCGAAGAAACAGAAGCGCUUGGACAAAUACAUCGAAAACAAACUUAAAAAAGAAGAGAACGUCGAGCUCCUGAAGAAAUUGGCCCAAGCGAAUGUCGACACCUCCGCACUACAGACAUCGAAGGAUUUGGGAAAGCGCAAGAGACAGGCAGAUGAGAGGAUUCCUGCUACGGCCCCUGCGCACACAGCCUCCGCGCCUGGAGAAGACUCCGACGACUCCGACAUAGACUUGUUAAAAAACUCUGGCGCACCGGCGCCGAAGCCCCAGACUCCCCAAGGGCCCGUUGGAAGUGGAUUAAAGCGCCCUCUUGAACUGGGGCCGGACGGCUUCCCAGUCAUCAAAAAGCGGAAGCGCACGGCCAAGUCGAAACCCGCACCCGCGCCUGCGCCUGCGCCUGAACCCUCCUGGGAAGGCUUCGGAUCAGAUGGCGAGGGUUCCAGUGAGGAUGAGGAGGAGGAGGCCGACUCUGACAACUUGGAGGCUGGAGCUGAGGACGACUCUGAAGACGAGGAUUCCGAAGGUGCUUCGGAGCAAUCAUCUGAUGAUUCCUCUGCUGCUGAUGAUGAUGAUGAUGAUGAUGACGACGAGAACUCGGAUGAAAACUCAGACGAUGACGAGGACGAUGAGGAUGUGGAGGAGGACGGAGGAAAUGGCCGUCGCAUCAAGCCCCGAGAGUCAGCUUUCAAGUCAUGGGCUGUUCAACAAAUCAAUGAGGCCAUAGGCUUCAAGCCAACCGAAGGACCGGUAAUUCAUGAUAUGGUGCAACAAGCAUUUGCACCGCCCAGAAAAGAGCCCAAAAACACUGUCGAAAUGGAGGAGCCACUUCCGCGCGAACUUGAAGUCACUACCGGAAACCCCUUCCGCAAAGCGUUCAGCGUUCCCGUUGAGCGAUCUGAAGAAAUCCAGACAGCUCGUCUUGGGCUUCCGGUGGUUGGUGAAGAACAGAAAAUUAUGGAAGCUAUCUACAACAAUUCCGUCAUUGUCAUUUGGGGUGCUACUGGUAGCGGAAAGACCACGCAGCUCCCCCAAUUCCUUUUUGAAGCUGGCUUUGGCAACCCAGAGAGCCCGAACCCGGGCCUCAUCGGCGUCACUCAGCCUCGUCGUGUGGCCGCAGUGAGUAUGGCGAACCGUGUCUCCCAGGAACUGGGUCAAUAUUCCGAUCAAGUCUCGUAUCAGAUUCGAUUCGAGACGACGGUUUCCAAGAAGACCGCCAUCAAGUUCAUGACGGACGGUAUUUUGCUACGAGAGAUUGCAGAUGACUUUGCCCUGCGCAAGUACUCUGUUCUGAUCAUUGACGAAGCUCACGAACGAAGUGUAAACACCGAUAUCCUCAUCGGAAUGGUCAGCCGUAUCGUGGACCUGCGCAAGUCAAUGAGUGAAGAGGACCCGUCUGUGAAGCCAUUAAAGGUAGUCAUCAUGUCUGCCACGCUUCGCAUCUCAGACUUUACAGAAAAUCCGAGCCUGUUCCGCGAGGGUCCGCCUCCAUUGGUCCAAGCCGAGGGUCGUCAGUAUCCUGUUACUAUUCACUUCGCUCGCCGAACCCAGCGCGACUACGUGGAGGAAGCUUUCCGCAAGGUUUCCCGCGGUCAUCGCAAACUUCCAGCAGGUGGAAUGCUUGUUUUCUUGACUGGUCAGAACGAAAUUCGACUUUUGUCAAAGAAGCUCAAGCAGGCAUUCAAACCAACGCAGCGUCUCGAUACCACGCAGGCCAAAGUCCAAUUCUCCGCAUAUGACGCACCUCUGGAAGCUGAAGACUUGGAACUUGGCGGUAUGGAGAUGGACAAUAUAGGAGAUGACGAGGAUGACCUCGAAAUCACUGGUUUGGAUGAGCCAGAAGAUGAUGAGGACUUUGAUCUUGGUGAAGAGGCCAUGGACUCUUCAACCAAGGUGCAUGUGCUGCCUUUAUACUCGCAAUUGCCAACCAAGGAGCAGAUGAAGGUGUUUGAGGCACCGCCAGAAAACUCGCGCCUUAUCAUUCUUGCCACCAACGUUGCCGAAACAUCACUUACUAUUCCCGGCAUCAAGUAUGUGUUCGACUGCGGACGGUCUAAAGAGAAGCAGUACGACCUUUCCACUGGCGUCCAAAACUUCCAGAUCGGCUGGAUUAGUAAGGCCAGCGCAAACCAGCGUGCCGGUCGUGCUGGUCGAACAGGCCCUGGUCAUUGUUAUCGACUGUACUCUUCAGCAGUCUACGAAGCUGACUUUGCCGAUUACACCGAGCCUGAGAUUCUCCGCACCCCAAUCGAGGGAGUCGUUCUCCAAAUGAAGAGCAUGGGCCUACACAAUGUCAUCAACUUUCCCUUCCCUACACCCCCAAGCCGACAAGGCCUCGCCAAAGCCGAGAAGCUGCUCAAAAACCUCGGUGCUCUCACUGGCCCCGGACAAGUCACCCAGAUCGGUCGUCGUCUUUCGACUUAUCCUCUCUCGCCCCGCUUCGGUAAGAUGCUCUACAUCGGCCACCAGCAUGGCUGCAUGCCAUAUGUCAUCGCCCUUGUCGCAGCCCUGGCGGUCGGCGAUCUCUUCGUCGGCGAGAAUCAGCUCCCCGGGAACGAGAACCUAUUCACUAAGAACAAGAAGCCCGACUCGGAUUCGGACACAAGCGACUCGGAGGAUGAGAGGGUCUACACCAAUGCAGACCGCCUCGAGGAUACCGAGCGUGAGCAGCGCUCAAAGGAAUUCGCUCGCGUCCACCGCCUUCUAAGCAAACAUGACGACACCAGCGAUGCACUAAAAUAUCUCUCCGCCAUUUGCGCCUAUGCCUACGCUCCCGAUGGCGAAGCCUUCUGUGAGCAAAUGUUCCUGCGUGCCAAGGCCUUUAAAGAAGCGUCCCAGCUGCGUCACCAGCUUUCCGAUAUUGUGCGCUCCAACAACCCAGGCCUCCUCGGUGCCUAUUCGGCCAAACUGCCUGAACCCUCACCCAAGCAACUUAAAGCUCUCAAGCAAAUUGUCACAGCCGGCUUCAUCGACAACGUCGCAAUUCGCGCGGACUUGGCUCCCGUACCACCAGAAAACCCGCGUGCACCUCGCCGCGCCAUCGACGUGCCAUACCUGACGCUCUUCCGCUCGCGCGACCGCCACGCAGAUGACAUUGCCGAGCGCGCAGUCUUCAUACACCCUACUUCCGUGCUGGCCAAGCUCACGCCAAAGGAAAUGCCCCCCUACAUUGUGUACUCGCACCUGCAGCAGUCGGCGGCAGGGCCACUCUUGGGACAGACACCUAAGAUUCGCAUGUUCCCUCUCGUUGCGCCUAGUGGCUUGCAGCUCGCGGCUAUCGCUCAUGACACACCGCUGAUCGAUUAUGGCAAGCCCGUUGGUAAGACGGAGCUUCUGGAAGGUAUCCCGCAGCGCAGAUCGUGCUGGGUUGUGCCUGCGCUGGUGGGCGACUCUGGCAGUACGGGGUGGCCAUUGCCGGCGAAGAAGGUGGUGCAGAGGAAGGAUCCAAAGGAGGGUUGGGUGAUUGAGAAAUUCGUGGCAUGAGAAUCAUCUGCAUGAUUCGUGGUUGUUCUUUACAAUGCUAGGGAAUCGUUAUAGAUGGGGUUUAUGAUAUCCACUUAGUAUUCGGCCGUGUGGCCAAAAUGUAUGAAAGCAUUUCAUGACAUUCAAAAUCCACCAUGUAUCAUCCAAUGUACAAUGCUAGACGAGUAAAGUGGCAGCACCAAGCCAUCCCUUCCGGUUGAUAAAAAAACAAACUCCCAUCCAAAACGCCAUCAUAUAUAGAAUCCUUGAUCCAGAAAUUUUCCUCAAGUCCAGCAAGAUAUCAUUUCCUCAAUCCCGGCGCCUCUCAAAACGCCGACUACUAAUUUCCCCAGUCUCCCGAUCCUCUCGAAUCCCCAACGCCCUCCUCAACCGCUCGCUCUCCUGAAUCUUCGCCUCCGCAAGCUCAUGCACCUGAUAAGACUUGAGCUGCCUCCGAUCUUUAGGCAAGACCUUCUUCCCCCGCGCAGAUCCACCAGCACCCUCCGCCGUCUCAGCCUCCAUCUCCUUAACAAGCCGCUGCCUCAACGCCUCGCACCGCUCAUCCAUCUCCUCCUCGCUAAGCACGCGCUCACCCUCACCCUCUUCAUCCUCAUCCUCCUCGCCAUCCUCCUUAUCCUCGACGGGCUUAGCGCUCUUCGUAACCUUGCCUUUGCCCUUAGACUUGGACAGCGCUUCUUCAAUGCGCUCGUUCUCUUCUUCUAGACGCUCGCGUUCUUCCAUAACUUUCACUUCGAUUGCGCGGCGCCGGUCGUGCUCCAGGAUCUGUUUGUCUGGGAGGCGUUGUUUAAAGGCGCGGUCGGGGGGCCCGUUGGCGCCGGAGACUGGUGGGUAGGGUGCGCCGAAGCCUGCGGCGCGGGGUUUGAGGAAGGCACCGUUGCGUUGGACGUAGCCUGAUGUACCGCUACCACGGGGAGUGGAGAGGCCGACGUUGGAGGACAUUUUGAGGCCGUAUUUCUUUUUAGGUGGUGAGGGUUGUAGAAGCUGUGGCUUGCUUUUGCAGCUGGCGGUGUUGAGGAGAGUUGGGAUGCUCCUGAUGUGGAGUGUCGAUGGCAACGGAGCAGGUUGGUAGUUUUAUUGUAUGCAGACCCACUUCAAAAUUCGCAAAUAUCCUCAAAGGGAGGGCGUGUCGUUCUAACUCGAAAGAAAGUCGAGGACGAGGUUGAGCUUCGCAGGCGAAUCGGCGAUCUUAUCGAGGACAUCACGUGAGUGCG